CUGGGUAUAUGAUAUAUGUGUCGGCGGUGUUUGUAAUUUGAGACUCAGCGCCUCUAAGUUGUAUCAGUACGCCAAUAUGGUUACUAGGAAUAUAGUAUACUGUAUGAGAAUGUAUAGAAAGUGUGUAUACAGCUGUAAUAUGCAGACGUUAAGCAUAAAGUAAUGGAAGGAUAGAAACUAAUAAAAUAUCGUUUAUAUCAGAUAGCAUUACGGGCUACUUUAUUUAGACCACCUGUGACAUAUGGUAGGCUACAGUUUGUAAUUUCCAGAUUUAACUGCAUACUUUAAAUGAUUGAUAACUUAUCUUGAAAUGCGUAACUAAUUGAGUGUAACUCGCACUUUACCGCAACGUGAUAUAAACUCGCCUAAAGCGCUUGUUGCACGAAACGGCAUCUUAAAUGAGUUACAGCACCUGUGGCCAACUGCCCAUUAAACAUACCUAUUUAAAAGGAAUGUAUGUGUUUAUCCGUGUAUGACUUUUAUAUAAGAAUAUUAGAUAGUAGAUCUGUACUCAAAUUGGGUUCCAACUGCUUUUAUAAACCCAGAAAUUUUAUAUUUGCUAACGGUUGCGAGUAACAUAUAAAUGUAGUAACUGUAUCUCAAUUUCAUACACACAGGUUAUUGUACAAGUAUGAAUCACAUGUUUUACUUGUGUAUCCUGCCCACUGUUUUUCUCUGCGUUUUCGGUGUCGAGAUUUCUCUUCAAAAUUCCGGAGUGUGGUCGUAUCAAAACACAACCAUUAAUGUUACUUCGAAACCAACUGUCCUCAAACCGUGCGAAACCGAGGCUUUAUUCCUACUUCGAAAUGGCACACUUUCGCCCAGCGCACCUGCGGUUUUACAUUUGCCAAAACGAACUUUCCAACCUGGAGAGCCGUUCGCAUUUUCAUUACGUGUUCGGAACAGCAAAGAUCUAACGAAAAGGGCUUCGCUGGUAGAAGCAUUUUACAUCGAGGCGCACAAAGUCGGCGCGAGCUUACCAAUAGGAAAUUUCGAAAGGCUGAAGUCGGAAGGUGGUGUUUUGAUAACAAACUGUGGCGUUGAAUAUACGGACGCCACUGCUACAAACGACCCUUCUGGCUUUAGGCCACGUGAAGAGAUCGUAUUGUAUUGGAUUCCACCAUCUAACUUGAACACAAGUGCUAUCAUCAACUUCAGGGCGGUGGUCAAGCUAACAGACAAUAACGAUACCUGGACGGUACUAGCAUCAUCUGAGGUGGUCGCAGGUAGAAAAGAAUGCUUUGUGGGUAAUGGAGAAAGUUACAGAGGAACCGGCUACGUCACAGUUUCUGGGAUCGAAUGUCAGAGAUGGGACUCGGAUGAACCGCAUAGCCAUUUUACGCGACCUGAUGAUUUUCCCGACGCCGAUUUAACAAGCAACUUCUGUCGUAACAUGGACAAUGACACUGCUCCUUGGUGUUACACCACUAUGCCCCAUCACUCCAAACGCUAUGAAACUUGUGCUGUUCCCAAAUGCACUGACGACUUCCCUGGUUAUUUUACUGAUUUCGGUCCGGUUGCUGGAGACGCUGUUUUAGGUAAAGGAAGAACAAAAUCGGGAAAAAUAAAACUAAAGACCCCAUUUCAAAACUCGUCCUUUGAAUGGGUUAAUUUUAUGAUAUUCGAAGACGGAGUCUUGGCGUUUGGUAACGAUUCAUUCCCAGAUCACCUGCAACCUACAAAGUUUCCCCUUAACAGGGUAGAAACAUUUCAGUUUAACGCUGCGUUAAUUGCUCCUUUCUGGACUGAUAUCCAGCGGAAGAAUUCCUCAGUUGGGACGGGACUUAUAUUUUUCCGAGAAACAAAUGAUAAAAUCACUCUAAGAAGUAUUACAGAGGUUAUUAACAGACAAGGGUCAAAAUCAAGGAGCAUUUCUAAUGUGGCGAGUGAAUUUAAGGCAACUAAUGUCGUGAUUGUUACAUGGUACUUGGUCAGUGAUGGUGAAAAACCAACUGCCGAUGGAAGUGUGUUCCAAGUUGUUGUGGCUUUUGGUGAUGAUAAUGUAUUUCUCAUAUAUAAUUAUCAUAUGAAGGAAUGGAGAGGAGACUUUGCUGCACAGAUUGGGUACGACAUUAGCCCUGAUCUCCAUCUCAACAUUGGGACAAGAAAUACUUCAACUGCGAGUGUUUUAUCGUCAUAUGUGAAGAUACGAUCGAAUGUAGGAGUAGCUGGGCAGUGGGUGCUACUUAUACCUGCAAAUACUGUGUCUAAUGAUGCAAAAACCACAACUGUAGCCCCUACAACAAGUGUAUUCACUACAGAAGAAAGUACGGCUGUACGAAGUUAUGUUACUGAUAGAAUGCCUGCACAAGUCACUACCGACCAGGGAACAACAAAAGGAACAGGCUUAGCGGUUUCUUUCACAUCAAUAAAUUCAAAUGGUGCGAUCAUUACAGCCGCUGAACGACAAUCACCUAUGUGUACUAUAAAUCAAUGUAGUAAUGGAGGGACAUGUAUUGUAACUGAAAACAGCUUCAUAUGCGAGUGCAGACCUGGGUUUGUAGGAAGGUUGUGCUCUCGUGCUAUCAAUGAGUGUGCAAGCAGUCCGUGUUUGAAUAGAGGUGUAUGUCGAGACCAUAUCAAUUACUACAGUUGUGUUUGUCCUCCUGAGUAUUCUGGGGUUAACUGUGAAGUGUUGGUUGAUCGUUGUAAUCCAAAUCCUUGUAAAAAUGAAGGUAUAUGCCAGUCAAUCCACAACAGUUACACUUGCUUUUGUGUGAGUGGGACUGCAGGAACAAAUUGUGAACACCACUCAUGUGUCGAUGGGCAAUGUUUAGAUUCAAGACCUUGUAUCAGUGACAGUGGAAAACAAAACUGUUCCUGCGAUAUAUCAACAAAUGCAAUAACAUGCACAAGCACAAAUGAUGGCCAUGGAAACAUUUCACACGGUGGAUGUCCAUAUGACGAAUCUGGUUAUGUGAUAAAAGGUGUUAUAACAUGGAGCGCCACCAAAGCUAGUUCUACUUCAUAUGCAGCUUGUCCAACUCCUAGCACUGCACAAGCUACAAGACAAUGCGAUGCAAAUGGUUUUUGGCGUCUGCCUGACAUGUCAGAGUGUGGAAUGUUGGGUAAAACAAGCAGAUAUUUACAUGACCUCUCAUUGGUUCCAAUUACCAACGAUAAUUCGGUUGAAGUCCUUCAGAUCCUCACUAACCUCACAUCUCUGGAGGCAGGAUCACUGAGAGCAUACGACAUCACUAACAUUGCCACAACUCUCACCAACAUCUUCCACAAUCUGAUCCUCGUCUCUUAUGAAGAUGAACUUAAUCUUCUUCUUGUUAUUGAAAACAUCCUGAUGAGCUCCAGAGAGGAACGAAGCUUGGCUGGAGAGCAGUCAUCUGCAAACGCGAGAUUGAUUUCUGUCAUUGAUGUUGCUUCUUCUAAAUUAUCUCUCGCUAAUUCAACUCCCACCAUCAUAGAAAGCAACACAACAUCAGUAGCUGCCCAACUUGUUAAUGUCAUGGAUUUUGAUGGGAGUUCAGUAACUUUCACAAUGGAGGGCAACUUAUCCCUCCAAUCCCAACCUUCCACCACCAACACGACUUCCAACAUCCAAGCUUCUAUCUCUCUUCCUUCGUCAAUCUUUCUAACCGACGAAAACCUUCAAAGGAAAAUCUACUACACACUAUAUAAAUCACCUAAGCUAUUUGAGUUUGUGAGUUAUUCCAGCUUUCCAGAUGCCAGUCAAAAUACAUUUUUAUCAUCGCAAGUUAUAUCUGCAAGCAUAGGAAAUAGGCGUGUUUCAAAUUUAUCAGAGCCAGUAAAGAUAGUCCUCACACAUAACUCAAGUCUCCAAGCAAGACCUGGCUUUCCUAAAUGUGUUUUCUGGGUCCCAUCGAGCGUUGGAGAUGGUUAUUGGUCAUCUAAUGGUUGUAACGUCAAUCACACUUCAAGCACUCAGACCGUUUGUCAUUGCUCUCAUUUAACCAACUUUGCUGUUUUACUAGAUGUAUAUAAUCAAAACAAUAACCUUGACCCAACACAUGAGUUGAUACUUCGAAUUCUUUCUUAUAUUGGUUGUGGUUUAUCUGUUACUGGACUGUUAAUCACUCUGCUAUCAUACAUCAUGUUUGGGAAAAUUAAAAGAGAUGCUCCUGCCAAGAUCCUUGUGUGUCUCUGUGUUUCACUCAUAGCUCUCAACUUAUUCUAUCUCAGUCUUACUCCUGCUUAUUACUAUAACUCCAAGAGUUGUGUUGCUGUCUCAGUUCUGCUUCACUACUUUCUACUGAGUGCUCUCACAUGGAUGGGAUUGGAAGCACUUAACAUGUACAUUGCAUUAAUCAGAGUGUUCAAUACUUAUUAUAGGAAGUAUAUACUGAAGAUGUCUCUUGUAGGCUGGGGUGUGCCUCUUAUAAUUGUCGUCAUAGCUUUGUGUCUUCAUUUUCUCACUGAACCCGUCUAUAUUCCAAUGGAUGAUUAUAGAAUUUGUUGGAUUCGGAAAGAAGUCUUUUAUGGAUGUUUAGUUGCUCCUUUUGCUCUGAUCUUUGCGUUCAAUUGCAUUAUUUUCUGCCUCGUUCUCGCACAACUUCUGGGAUUAAGAUCAAGAAAGCUGAAACAUCGAGACUCGCGAAAAAAUCACAAGAAAUCUUCAAAACAUGAAAACGGUCGCAAGUUAAGGGGAGCAAUAGGUUUGAUGGCACUGCUUGGCAUUACAUGGGGACUUGCAUUCCUAUCAAUUGGUAAAGCAUCAUUGCCUCUUUCGUAUCUAUUUGUGAUAUUUAACAGCACGCAGGGUUUCUGGGUGUUUAUAUUCCACUGUGUAUUGAAGAAAGAUAUAGCCAACAUCUGGCAGAAGAUCCUUACAUGUCAAGGUUACGAUAAAUCCAAUAAAUCCGGAUCCAAACGCUGGAGAUCAUCCAGUGGAGUUGCAUCUGGAGCAGGAAGCAGAUGUACAUCAGUUGCAUCCCGGACACAAUCCCUUGCUUCUAUUAAGUCCCCUCCAUCUAUUAGUAACAGUCGAAAAGGUUCAGAAGCCACAAGUGACAACAAGAACGACAUCAGCCAAUUGAGUUUAUACCAGUCAGAUCCGGUUGGAGAUAUUAUUAUUGAUAACAUGUGCUAUGCUCGAAACGAACAACCAGACCAACAGUUGGGCAUCCAUCCAAGACUUGUGCGUCGUAUACCACGUCCCUCAGUUACCAUUUUAUCUUGUAGUGUAGCAGUUCAAACCGACCCUGGAAUAUCUGGCGCUGAAAAUGCCGAUCUUUCUGGUGAAAAGUUUGCUUUUCCAACGGCAGACGGCGGCGCUGUGGCCGAAAUGGAUCAAAGUUACGACCACGAGAAUUCAGAGGCAGUUUUCCGCUCAAAUGAGAGCGGAGUCUACUCUGAUAGUAGUUCCAGCAGCUCCUGCCAUGUUGAGGCGGAUGUUUAUGAGAACUACGUACCAGAAUCGCAGAAUGCUAGAGUAGAAAGUACUAAACCAAAUCGAGGGGUAGAUUUAGGAAACACAACAUUUGAAACGUUAAGUGAAGAGUUAAGAGCGUUGGCCAAAGAAAUAGAAACCCAUCUCAGUAAUACUAGUUUGGCAAGGGAGAAUGCACAAUGUCUUGCCGACCAUCCAAUAUGUGAUACUGAAUCAAAAAGUUCGGAUAGUUUACAAUCUGACAGUGAAGAUACACCGGUUACACAAGCGCAAGUUUGGAAACCUCCUUUAGUUAUAAAGCGAAGCAACGACAUUUGGAAGCAAGAAAAUGCGAAACCGAAUGCAGAUACUACAAAAACAUUUACUAGCACUUUCACCAAGACGGUUGGUCAAGAAGAAAAGGGAAAUUCUUCAAACGAAGUUGUCAAAACGAAAAUCUUCGUUCAAAAGUCGGAUCAAAUCUGCCUCAGAAAAAUCCGAUUUUCUGGCAAAGAGAAAACGCCUGGUGUAAAGUCGUUCGUAAAUACAAGGUUUUCAAACUUCACAUAGUGCAUCAAAUUUCUAUUUUCCACAACAUUCCAUAGAUCGUGUCAUAGAAUCGUUCGCGAACAUUCCACGGGAAUACAACUUUGUUUUUGGUAACCACUGUAUACAAGAAGAUAAAAUGAACUUACAUAGAAGACCAAAGCUAAUAUUAGGCCUUUGUAGGCCACAUUAAAACUUUUUAACAAUUUUAUAAAUGUGCAACAUAAAGCCUAUAUUGAACACGUUCAUCUUAAAGUUCAUUCGGUUGCAAAUAUAUCAUACAUUCUAUUGUAUAAACGUUCAUUGCAUUUGUGGUACGACUUUUUGUUACCGGUAAGCUAUGUCAGAAUUUAACAUCAAAUUUCUUUCAAUGUAUUUUAUCAACUCUUGCCUCCUACGUCAUCGUUACGUCACACUCUUAUUACGUCAUCGAAUACACCUCACCUAUUCGUUAAUUAA